AGGGAGGGGGAGGGGCAAGAGGGGGUGCACAACAGGAUGACACCCAGAUAUGAGUCUCAAGUGCCUUCUGCUGUCCUUACUCUAUCUCCCCCAGCUGGCGGAGGGAAGAAAGUGUCCCUUUGAGGGUGGAGAGGGACUGGCUACAGCUGUCUACUACAGAACAUGUCUGAAUCAUGCAUGCAACCCAUGGUUGCAACCACUUUCCCCACAGCUCCCCACCUCUGCCUCUUCCUUGUCAGAAUCUCCUCCAUGAGUUCUAGCCCCGAUGGCCUCAGAGCCUAGAUGCCCCUCCCUCAGGGCUUGUAGCAUUGCCUGGCUUACCUGGGAGAUACAGGCCAGGUAGAAGGAGCAGGGUGCUGCCUGCUUGCCCAAGGUCCAGCCACCAACCAGGCCCACGAUGGUGCCUGCUGCAUGGCGCCCAGUUGCGAUAUGGAGGCGGACAGGCAGGAAACCCAAGCUGAGGGAGCAUCAAUCAUUCAUGGGUCUGCUCUCUGGGAAACCCUAACCGUGGCCCCAUAGGGCUAAGUCACCAGUCAGGGCCCCCCAUCUCAACAAGGUUAGAUAAUGGAGACCCUUUGCUAGGAGCUCCUCUGGCUCAGGGCACGCUGUGUCAAUCUCACCCCUCCUUCAGCAUCCAAGGCCUCUUUUCUAAAGUUUCCUAUGUCCUCUGCCCCAGCUAGGAUGUCAGUCCAUUGGGGACCCAAGGUGACAACUCUCAGCCUUUCCCAGUAUUCCCUUCCUAAGGGGCCUUCACUGGUCUUUGAUACAGUAAGUUCAGCCAUGUCACACUCUGGUAUUAGGGCUUAACUCUGCAGCAGUGUGCCUCCAUUUCACAGAUGGGUAAACUGAGACUUAGAAAGAUGUAUCGGCUGCUUCUACUAGGUAAGACAUGAUUGAGCUUAAGUAUGAGCCUACUGCUGUGUCUUGGUACCCUCACUCCUAAUAGUUUUUAAGACUCACCUGGUGCUUCCAGGACACCCUGGGGCAGAGGCCAAGGAUUAGGCUGGCUGCCCAAGUUUACUCUAAUCCCCUCACUGUGGAUCCUAGGUGAUGAGCUCAAGCCUGAGGGGUCAUAAGCAGCUUUCUGGGCCCUGAGAGCCAAGGGCACUCCAGGGAGCUGCAUCCCCUUAUCUUCUCCAUGGCAACAGAGCAGGGCUCACAGCUGCUUCCUGGCCCCCAGAAGACCCCUGAAGGAGCCGUAUCUCCUGGGAGUACUGCUGAGGGCUCCACCUUGGCCAGAAGAAGGAGCAAGAAGGAAAAGGAGCUACCACGUUCUCAGAAGGCCAGUUCUGGGAAGCAGUCCUCUGGCCGGUGUUCUGAGGCCUCAGGAAGCAGCAAGAACCCCCCAAAGACCAGAGCAGGGCAGGAUGAGCCAUCCUCAGCACCGUCCAGUCAAGCCUCUCACCGACAAUCCCACCGACAUCGCCCUGAUCCCCAGCAGGACGCUGCCCAAAGGACUUACGGGCCCCUGCUCAACCGUAUCUUUGGAAAGGAUCGUGAACUGGGCCCCGAGGAGUUGGAGGAGCUUCAGACUGCCUUUGAGGAGUUUGACACUGACCGGGAUGGCUACAUUGGCUACCGGGAGCUAGGUGACUGCAUGCGGACACUAGGCUACAUGCCCACGGAGAUGGAGCUCCUGGAAGUGUCACAGCACGUGAAGAUGCGCAUGGGUGGCUUCGUGGAUUUUGAAGAGUUUGUGGAGCUGAUAAGCCCAAAGCUGAGGGAGGAGACAGCUCAUAUGUUGGGUGUACGAGAGCUCCGCAUCGCUUUCCGAGAGUUUGACAAGGACAGGGAUGGACGGAUCACAGUGGCAGAGCUGCGGCAGGCAGCACCAGCUCUGCUGGGGGAACCACUAGAAGGCACUGAGCUGGAUGAGAUGCUGAGAGACAUGGACCUCAAUGGGGAUGGCACCAUAGACUUUGACGAAUUUGUAAAGAUGCUAUCUACUGGGUGAGGCACCUGAAGGGACAACCUACUGCCCCUGAGGCCCAGAUACCAGGCGAGAACCAGACUACCACACCCUUCCCCAGGGUGGGAGAGAUCCUCCCCAACUGUAGGCUGCUUCUACCCCUGACCACACCUGACUACUCCAGUGUCUGCUGCACUCUGUCUUCUCCUCCCACUCCUGAGCUGUGUAGGGGAAAAUGGCAGCUUGUUGCAGUUCUCAGUAGAGAACACAAUUUGGAUCUCUCCAGAUCCUGGAGAGGUAGGGAGUUCCCUAGCAUUUGCUGCAUUCAAAUAAAUCAGACAUAGUAUGUGGUGGGGAAUUCCUAGGACAUAGUGGAUUGAGAUGCGUAUACAGUGCUGUUUUGAAAAAUGAACUUGGCCCCGGUACAAUGGCAGCAGGUAAAAGCUCUGUUACCAAGCCUGAA